AGGAGGAGAAGGAGAAAGAGGAAGGUGAACAACAUGAAGGAAAAUGUUUCAAAUAGACAGACGAGGAGAGACGAAGCAGACUGGAGAAAAUCUCCAGAAGCGACAUCAGCUAUUAUUGAAGUUCUGACAGAAAAAGGAACAAAGUGGGACAAAGUUCUGGGUGUGAACAGCCGAGCUAUGGGAAAAAAUGAUGACAAUGAUUCUUGGAGAGGAAUGAGAAAGUUUAAAUCAGACUCAAAGUCAGGAAGCUUCAAGAAGACCCAACAGCCCAUCCUGGAUGUCUCCAAAUGGCAGUCUAAAGACACCUCAGUCCAACUUGAAUCAGCGUCUUUCCAUAACAGCAGUCCCAUUGCUGCAGAUGAUGGACCAAAGGAAACUCAGCAAAGAGAGACCAGACAGAACGAUGACGACGGAAACCUGGACUAUCACAUCGGCCUCGUGUUGGAAGACAGAUAUGAAAUUUCUUCCACGCUGGGAGAAGGAGCUUUUGGGAAAGUAGUGGAGUGUAUUGACAGAUACAGAGGUCAGCGUGUGGCUGUAAAAAUUGUGAAGAAGUUUGAGAGUUUCUGUAAAGUUGCGAGAUCAGAGAUCACCGUGCUUGAGGAGAUCAACAGCCUGGACGACGACAACAGAUUCCCUUGUGUGAGGAUGUUGGACUGGUUCAAGCAUAAAUCCCACAUCUGCAUUGUUCUGGAGCGACUCGGUCCCAGCACCUUCAACUUCCUGCAACAAAACGACUUCGUCCCUUUCAGUGUGGAGCAGAUCCGACACAUAGCCUUCCAGAUCUUCAGAGCGGUCAGCUUUCUGCACCGUAACAAGCUGACCCACACAGACCUGAAGCCUGAGAACAUUCUGUUUGUCAGCUGUGACUGCGACAGGGAGUGCAGCCAACAGACGAAGUGUAAGCACACAAAACCAAGGACUCUAGACAUAAAGGUUGUGGAUUUUGGCACCGCUACCUUUGACCACCAACACCAUGAGACUCUGGUGUCGACGAGGCACUACAGAGCGCCAGAGGUCAUACUGGAUCUGGGCUGGAACCAGUCAUGUGACGUGUGGAGUCUGGGCUGCGUUCUCAUCGAGUAUUACCUCGGACGAACACUGUUCCCUAGUCAUGACUGUGGAGAACAUCUGGCCAUGAUGGAAAAGGUACUGGGACCGAUUCCACCCCGUCUUCUGAAACAGACCAGGAAGAAGAAGUUUGUUAAAAAUGAGCGUUUGAGCUGGAAUGGUUCGAGUUCCUCUGAAGAUGAUAUUGAGAAACACUGCCAGCCUCUGACGCAGUACAUGAGAACAAACAAUGAGGAGGAGAAGCAGCUGUUCGACCUGCUGAGCUGCAUGCUGGAGUAUGACGUCAGCAGGCGGAUCACUCUGGAAGAAGCGCUGUGGCAUCCAUUCUUCUGCCCACUGAGAACACAGCAGCAACCAGAGCAGCAACCGCAGCAACAACUGGAGCAACAACCGGAGCAAAGCUAACGAGAACGCAGUCCUGGGCUACGACAAUCAAGAAAUGGUUGUUACAAGUGGUUUUGUUGUGUUUGUGAGAGCAUUCCUGUUUGCAUUGCCCCGCAGCUGUUCCACAUUCAUUUAAUCAGCUGCACUUGUUCCUACUGAGCUCUACUGUCAUAUCACACACUAGCUGUGUUUCUUUUACAAAUGUGCCCAAAUCGUUGUCAAUGAAAACAGCUUUUUUUUUAGUUUUGUUGUUCCCAUUCAAUAAGAAAUGAUUUCAUGUUGUCUUUUUCAUGUUUGUGCCAAUGUUAACAUCUGGUUGUUGAUCAUGUGGCUCGUAUGAUGUGAAAAAAGUGUUUCCAUUGUAGUUUUAUGAAAUCAACCAAUUUUGAUACAGCCAAAAGGAUUACCUCACCUUAGUGGCAAAACUUUUUUUAAAAAAAAUCAAAAAUCAAGUUUUUCAAAAUUGCUGUGUUCCCAUUAGACAAAUUUAUUUUCAAAAUGUCAAACUGUGCAAUUUUAUGGUCAGUGGAAAAGCAGACAGUGUGUUGUUACCAUACACCUUUCUUUCCUCACAUCUUUCUAAACUACUCUUGUUUUCCCUCCAGUUUCAUGAGUUUUGUCUCCUUAUAUUUCUGAUUAAAAUUAAUUUUCACUGCGACACUGCCUACCUUUUGCUUGCUUUUGGGUUCUGCUAAUCAUCAAAAAACAUAACUUUAAAGAAAACUGGCUAAACAGUGUCUAAAAGUUUUAUGUAUUUCGCUCUAACUCUGUCUGUCUGUAUUAAAAAAAUGGUGUGAAGUGCAUCACUUAGUGACUAUCACUUGAAUUUAGAUAAUAAAAUAAAUUAACUUCUGAAUUAUA